AAAAAACCAUAAAUGCUUAGAAGAAACAUACCUAAGCCCCAGCCUACAUAAAAACAUAUCACUGUAAGCACAGGUAGUCCCCAUCGAUCGUCGUCGCAGAAAGGAAAUAGAAGUAGCAAGAAUACUCGUUUCCUCAUGGCACUACUCUUCAAGAAAAGUCCGACCAACAUCACCGACUUGAUAAUCGCUUCUCUCCUGGUUCUUCUUUUCAUCAUGGCUUCAAUGUCCCCAUCCUUCCAAGUGCAUGUGAAGGGCGACGAUGGCCAUCAGCACGAGGGAUCCCUAGAACUCGCGCAGCAACUGAGGACGACGACGUGCAUCGCGGUUAAGGGAGGCAUUUGUUUCCAAAAGAAGUGCCAGGGUAUCUGCGAAUCCAAUGGCUUCAAUGCUGCAACUGCCUUCUGCUAUAAACCGCCUGGUCUUCAUCUCCCGCAGUGCUGCUGCCCAUGAUCGUUAAUUAGCCUAAUGCAGCGUACGCAUGCAUCGAUCCGUAUGCUUUAUACGCACAUAAACUGAAUAAGAUGUGUGGCUUUACUAAUAAUAAUAUAUUACAAU